UACGUCAUUGGCGGCAGCCGGCAUGGGGAACUUCUUCACCCACCACCCCCCGCAGCCUUCCUGGAGGGGACGGAGGCGGCCGACACUUCUGCCCAACCCGGGGAGCUUCGAUGAGCUGCACAAAAGCUGUAAAGAAGUUUUCCCGCAGCAGAUGGAGGGGGUGAAGGUGAUCAUUAACAAAUAUCUCAGCAGCCAUUUUCAGGUCAGCCACCAUUUUCACAUGAGCUCCAUCGGACAGUCCGGGUACCACUUCAAUGCCAAGUACAUAGGGGACCAACUGCCGGGCUCCAGUGAGACGUUCCCGCUCCUGACCGGCGAUCUGGACAACAGCGGCAGUCUGAACUCUCAGGCGCACUGCCUGCUGGCCGAACGCAUCCGCUCCAAGGCCGUAUUCCAGACUCAUCAUUCCAAAUUCCUCACCUGGCAGAUUGACGUGGAAUAUCGGGGAGACAAUUCUACGGGGACACUGACCUUGGGGAACCCCGAUAUCAUCAACGACUCAAUGAUCCUGGUAACACACUUCCUGCAGAGCAUUACUCCCCGGUUGGUCCUCGGCGGGGAGCUGGUCUAUCACCAGCGGAUGGGGGAGGAAGGCGCCAUCCUGACAUUGGCUGGGAAAUAUUCAGCGGACAACUGGGUGACCACCCUGAAUAUCGGGUACGGUGGGGCUCACGCCAGCUACUAUCACAAAGCAAAUGAACAAAUUCAGGUCGGGGUGGAGUUUGAAGCCAACACUCGCCUUCAGGAAACCUCCUUUGCUUUCGGCUACCACCUGACCAUCCCCAAAGCCAACGUGGUCUUCAAAGGCUCGGUGGACAGUUCGUGGUGCGUGGGGGCAGUCCUGGAGAAAAGACUUCCCCCUCUUCCCGUCACCCUGGCGCUCGGAGCAUUCAUGAAUCACUGGAAGAACAAGUUUCACUGCGGCUUCAACAUUAUGGUGGGAUGACGAGGGCCGCCCCG